AUGAACAAUUUUCCUGCUUUCGUGAAUCGGGCCAACGUCAAUUGGAUGAUGGCUACUCCGUCGUAUAUGGAAACGUUUCAGCCUGAUGAUGUCCCUGGGCUACAGACUCUGGUGCUUGUUGGUGAGCAGAUGUCGCCGUCUGUCAACGCCAUUUGGGCGCCGAGCGUUCAACUCUUGGAUGGCUACGGUCAGAGCGAGAGUUCUUCGAUCUGCUUCGUUGGAAGCAUCAGUUCAUCUGGUGUUGAUCCAAACAACAUUGGUCGCUCGGUCGGCGCGCACUCUUGGAUCACUGAUCCCAGUGAUCCAAAUCGUCUAGUCCCGAUCGGCGCAAUCGGUGAACUUGUGAUUGAGAGUCCAGGAAUUUCGCGCGACUACAUCAUUCCUCCACCAACAGAGAAGUCUCCUUUCUUCUCAACAGUUCCAGCAUGGUAUCCCUCUAAACACCUACCUGAUGGAUUGAAGUUCUAUCGAACUGGUGAUCUUGCGCGUUAUGCAUCUGAUGGCACUGUUGUUUGUCUCGGCCGCAUAGACUCGCAGGUCAAGAUCAGAGGACAGCGCGUUGAGCUUGGAGCAGUGGAGACUCACCUCAGACAGCAAUUGCCUGACGAUAUGUCUAUUGUUGUUGAAGCUGUCAAGACAUCGGACUCGCCUACGAGCACUGUUCUCGUUGCAUUUUUGAUCGCCUCUCAUGAAACCAAGGCUGCAGGAGAUGGCACGAUUCUUGAUCUUGCUGCGACUAAGGACAUAAGUGCAAAGCUGGAGCAAGUCCUCUCGCGCCAUUCCAUCCCAUCGUGCUACAUCAGCAUGCAGCAUCUUCCUCGCACUGCGACCGGCAAGGUUGACAGACGAAAGCUUCGCUCUAUUGGUAGCGAAUUGUUGGCCCAGCAGCCCCAAGGAACAAGCCCACGACCAUCUCAAUUGAGCUGUCCAGCAAACAGCAGCCAAUCCAAGCUGGAGGAGGUUUGGUGUCAAUGCCUGGGCCUCGAACCCAGCGCUUCCAACAUUGGGUCAACCUUCUUUGAGCUCAGAGGCCACUCCAUCACUGCUAUCAAGAUGGUCAACAUGGCUCGGUCAACUAGCAUUGAGCUCAAGGUCUCUGACAUAUACCAGAACCCUACGCUCGCUGGCCUUGAAACUAUCAUCAACGGUAGCGCUGUUCCGUACGCGCUCAUCCCAGCGACCACUCGCGAUGGGCCUGUUGAACAGUCCUACCCUCAAGGCCGACUCUGGUUCCUGGAUCAGCUCGAGGUUGGCGCUCUAUGGUACUUGAUUCCGUACGCUGUUAGGAUGCGAGGAUUGGUAGACGUUGAUGCUUUGAGUCGAGCUCUGAUGGCCUUGGAACAGCGCCACAAGACCCUGAGGACUACUUUCGAGGACCGCGACGGCGCGGGUGUACAGAUUACUCACCAAACCCUGUCCAAAGAAUUGAGAAUUGUCGAAGCCAUAGACGGCGACUACCUCCGACUCCUUGAGCAAGAGCAGACCACUCCAUUCGAUCUCACCUCCGAAGCAGGGUGGAGAGCGCUCCUCAUCCGCCUGGCCGAUACUGACUACGUUCUUUCUAUCGUCAUGCACCAUAUCAUCUCCGACGGCUGGUCAAUCGACGUUCUCCGCCACGAUCUCAGCCAACUCUACGCCGCAGCUCUUCAAGGCCACGAUCCCCUUUCAGCCAUGAACCCUCUCCCCAUCCAGUACAGCGACUUUGCCAUGUGGCCGAAGCAAGAAGCUCAAGCUCUCGAACAUGAGAAGCAGCUUGACUACUGGAAGAAACAACUCGCUGAUUGUUCGCCGGCCAAGUUACCCACUGACUUCCCUCGGCCGGCCCUUCUAUCCGGUGAAGCUGGUGUUGUGCUAGUCUCUAUCGAUGGGGAACUGUACCAUAACCUACGUGACUUCUGCAACGAGAACAACACCACCUCAUUCGCCGUGCUACUCGCUACUUUCCGCGCAGCGCACUAUCGUCUCACAGGCGUUGACGACGCUGUCAUCGGCACACCCAUCGCCAACUGUAAUCGCUGGGAACUUGAGAACAUCAUCGGCUUCUUCGUCAACACGCAGUGCAUGCUCAUCAACGUCGACGACGAAGACACCUUCAGCUCUUUAGUCCAUCAAGUCCGCGCUACAACCACCGCGGCAUUUGAGAACGAAGACGUACCCUUCGAGCGCGUCGUGUCAACAAUGCUACCUGGUUCACGAGAUCUUUCGCGAACACCGCUUGCGCAGCUCAUUUUUGCGGUCCACUCGCAGAAGGAUCUUGGGCGGUUUGAGCUUCAGGGUCUUGAGUCGGAGGCUGUGUCUAGCAAGGCGUAUACGCGAUUUGAUAUUGAAUUUCACUUGUUUCAAGAGGCUGAUGGCCUCCAGGGCAGUUGUAACUUUGCGACGGAUUUGUUUAAGCCUGAGACUGUUGAGAAUGCGGUCAGUGUGUUUUUCCAGAUUCUGCGCCAUGGUGUCAUGGUCGAGCACCGCGUGAUCGUCCGUCCCAUGACAAGUAACAUCAUCCUCGACUUCCCAGUCCAACCGCGCUCAGCCCACAUGUUCAACAUUGCGUUUGAUGGUGCUACCUACGAGAUCUUCUUCACCCUCCUCAAUGGCGGAACGUUAGUCUGCAUUGACUACAUGACUACUCUUGAUGUCAAGGCGCUUCAAGACGUGUUCAUCAAGGAACAGAUCAACGCUGCUUGCAUGGCACCUGCCCUGUUGAAGUUGUAUCUCACUGAUGCGCGCGAUGCUUUGAGAGGUCUUGACUUUCUCAUGGCUGCUGGAGAUCGCUUCGAUGGUCAGGAUGCCAUUGAGGCGCAGAGACUUGUUCGGGGACAGUGCUAUAAUGGGUAUGGACCGACCGAGAAUGGUAUCAUGAGCACGAGGUAUCCUAUCGCUGUUGGUGACUCGUUCAUCAAUGGUGUUCCCAUCGGAAGAGCUGUCAACAACUCUGGAGCUUACGUCACGGAUCUGAAUCAGCAGCUCGUUGGUGUUGGUGUGAUGGGAGAGCUCGUCGUCACUGGCGAUGGUCUUGCGCGAGGAUACUUUGACCCAGCCCUUAACAAGGACCGCUUCAUUCACAUUGAAGUCGAUGGCCAGCGUGUGAGAGCCUAUAGAACAGGCGAUCGCGUACGCUACCGAGUAGGCGACGGCCUCAUAGAAUUCUUUGGUCGCAUUGAUACGCAGUUCAAGAUCCGAGGCAAUCGUAUUGAGUCAGCGGAGGUGGAAGCUGCUAUGCUUGGUCACAGCUCUGUCCGUGACGCUGCUGUUGUCGUGCAGAAGGAUGAUGAUGAGAAAGCAGACUUGGUUGGCUUCGUCAUCAUUGAUCAUGAUCAUUCGUUGGAGGGCGACGCGAAUGAUAACCAGGUUGAGGGAUGGCAGGACCAUUUCGCGAGUGAGAUGUAUGCCGAUAUUGGCGACAUUGAUCCGUCUACUAUUGGAAGUGAUUUCAAGGGCGGGACGUCUAUGUAUGAUGGGAGUGAGAUUGACAAGGUGGAGAUGCAGGAGUGGCUUAAUGAUACUAUCAAGACGCUUCGUGAUGGUCGGGCUCCAGGUCAUGUCCUUGAGGUUGGGACUGGUAGCGGUAUGAUCUUGCUCAAUCUCGGCGUUGGGCUUCAGAGUUACAGAGGUCUUGAACCAUCCAAGUCAGCCGCUGCAUUCACCAACAGCGUCAUCAAGUCGGCCCCAUCUCUUGCAAGCAGGGCCGAGGUCCACGUCGGCACAGCGCAGGACAUCAGCCAAAUGAGCGAUCUUCACCCAGAUCUCGUGGUGAUCAACUCAGUCGUGCAAUACUUCCCUUCACCAGAGUACUUGACCCAAGUAGCGGACACCCUGGUCCACCUCCCCGGUGUGAAGCGCUUGUUCUUUGGCGACAUGCGAACGAACGCUACCAACAAGCACUUCCUCGCUGCCAGAGCUUUCAGGACUCUAGGUGACAACGCGACCAAGGGCGCUGUUAGGCAGAAGAUGGCGGAGUUGGAGGAGCGCGAGGAGGAGUUGCUUGUCGAACCAGCUUUCUUCACGACACUACAAGGUCGCUUCCCUGAUUUGGUUCACCAUGUUGAGAUUCUGCCAAAGAGCAUGGAUGCUACGAAUGAGCUCAGUGCCUAUCGAUAUGCGGCUGUGGUUCAUAUACGCGAUAGCGACUCAGUGCCUGUGCAUACGAUUGAGAAGGGCGCUUGGGUCAACUUUGAGGCAUCACGAAUGGAUCGCACGUCUCUCUUGCAGUUUCUACGACGCUCAAAAAAUUCAGCUAUAGUAGCUAUCAGCAACAUUACCUUCUCCAAGACCGUUUUCGAGCGACAGGUCGUCAAGUCCCUCGAGGCAGAACAUGAGUCUAAGCUGGAUGGUGCUGCAUGGAUCUCGGCUGUUCGCUCUGAUACUAAGAGCCGUGCAUCUCUUUCUGUUCCUGACCUUCACCAACUAGCUGGAGAAUCUGGAUAUCGCUUGGAGGUCAGCGCAGCGCGUCAGUGGUCUCAAGGCGGCGCCCUCGAUGCCGUCUUCCACCGCCUCCCAUCAUCUUCGGACAAUCGUCGCACGCUGAUCAAGUUCCCGACCGACAAUCACCUCCGAGGCUCAGCCACCCUUGCCAAUCGUCCACUACAGGGGUUACAGCGUCGUCGUGCCGCGCUUCAAGUCCGCGAGCGCCUGCAGUCUCUGCUCCCGUCGUACAUGGUCCCCUUCAGCAUCGUGGUGCUGGAUCAGAUGCCUCUCAAUCCAAAUGGCAAGGUUGAUAGGAAAGAGCUUGCGCGCCAGGCUCGAAUUAUACCCAAGCAGCAGACUGCACUGCCUGCACAAGCGGUGCCUAUUAGCGAUAUUGAGGCUAUACUCUGCGGUGAGGCUACUGCGACGUUUGGAAUGAAGGUUGGCAUCUCUGAUGACUUCUUUAAACUCGCUGGCAAUUACCUCUUGGCCACCAAGCUCAUCUCGCGAGUUGAACAGCGUUUCAAUGUUCGCGUCACUGUGAAAGACGUCUUUGACAAUCCCGUCUUUGCGCAUCUCGCCGUCGUCAUUCGCGAAGGACUUGCUUCACGAACCACGCUGACUAAUGGUCAAGACAAGCAAGGCUGGUCUGCCCGUGUCGCUCCUCGGACUGAGACUGAGAUCAUCUUGUGUGAUGAGGCAUCCAAGCUUCUUGGUAUUGAAGUCGGUAUCACGGAUAACUUCUUCGACCUUGGUGGACAUUCGAUGAUGGCGACGAAGCUGGCCAUGAGGCUUGGUCGGCGAUUGGAUGCUACUAUAGUGGUCAAGGAUAUUUUUGACUACCCGGUUCUGUUCCAGCUUUCCAAGAAGCUAGAGUCUACUGGCUCGGGGACGGGUGAUGACGAGCUUCAGGUCGAUGAGUACAACCCAUUCGAGCUUCUUUCACUGGAGGACCCGCAAGACUUCAUUCAACGAGAGGUUUGCUCACAGCUCAACGUCUCAUUUGAGUCAAUCCAGGACAUGUACCAGUGUACACAGAUGCAAAAGUCCUUCCUCUUCAGUCCUGGGACUGGUUCCCCACGACCUCUCACGCCUUUCUACAUUGACUUCCCAGUCGACUCAGACCCAGCCACUCUUGUCAGGGCCUGCCAAUCCCUCAUUCAGCACAUCGACAUGUUCAGAACAGCCUUUGUGCUAGCUUCAGGCCAGCUCUACCAAGUGGUUCUGAAGCAUCUCGACGUGCCGAUUGAGACGAUUAUCACUAACCAAAACGUCAACACUGCCACCAACGAUUUCCUAGAUGAGCAUGCCCAGGACCCCAUUCGUCUUGGAGAGUCGUUGAUUCGCAUCGCUAUUCUCAAGCAGCCAUCUUCAGUUCGUGUACUACUGCGACUAUCACACGCUUUGUAUGAUGGCUUGAGUUUAGAGCCCAUCGUGCGUAACCUGCACAUCCUCUUCAACGGCAUGUCACUUCUUCCACCGACGCAGUUCAGGCGGUACAUGGAGUAUACAGCCAGCAGUCAAGAGAAGGGUUUUGAGUUUUGGCGUGACGUGAUUGCCGAUUCUCCUAUGACUGUUUUGACCAAUACGAGUAACGCGGCUUGUUAUCGGGAGGUGUCACCUUCGAAGACCUUGCACUUGUCAAAGAUCGUCGACGUUCCCAGCCAGGCCAUCCGCAGCAGCAUCGCUACGCAGGCGACGGUGUUCAACUCGGCUUGUGCUUUGGUGCUCUCGAAAGAGUCUGGGUCUAGCGAUGUUGUCUUCGGUCGCAUUGUCUCAGGUCGUCAGGGAUUACCGGUCAAUUGCCAGGACAUCAUCGGCCCUUGCACAAACGCCGUUCCCGUUCGCGCACACAUAGGCACAGACGAGAAUCAUCACCAGAUGCUUCGCGACAUGCAAGAUCAAUACCUACGAAGCUUGCCAUUUGAGACCCUCGGCUUCGAGGAGAUCAAACGCAACUGCACAGACUGGCCUGACUCUACCACGAAUUUCGCAUGCUGUGUUACAUACCAUAACUUUGAGUAUCAUCCCGAGAGUGAAGUGGAUCAGCAACAUGUUGAGAUGGGGGUCUUGUCGAAGCAUGUUGAACUCAGGAAGGAUGAGCCGCUGUAUGACUUGGCAAUAGUGGGAGAGGUUGAGCCUGAUGGGAUGAGCUUGAAGGUUACGAUUAUUGCGAGAGCGCAUUUUUUUGAGGAGGAGAGGGUGCGAUUUUUCUUGGAGGAGGCUUGCAACACAUUUCAGACGUUGAACCUUUCUUUGUAA